GUUGAUUCCUCAGCUUUUUCUCAGCUUCUAUUUUUCCAAUUUUGCUUCUCUUUCUCACAACAGACAACAGACAACAGACAACAGACAACAGACAACAGAGAAGAAGAGACUUAGAGAGAAACCAAAACCCAAAUUCCUGGGCAUGUUGUUGGUGACCCAUGAGGUUCACCUUGAGGAGCAUAAAUCAAGUGUGACGAAAGAUGUCUCCAGCAGAAGGAUCCCGGGAUGAAAAUGUCUACUUGGCCAAAUUGGCUGAGCAGGCUGAACGGUAUGAGGAAAUGGUGGAGUUCAUGGAGAAGGUUGCGAAGACUGUUGAUGUUGAGGAGCUAACAGUGGAGGAGAGGAACCUCCUUUCUGUGGCUUACAAGAAUGUGAUUGGAGCAAGGAGAGCUUCUUGGAGAAUUACCUCUUCUAUUGAACAAAAGGAAGAAAGCCGUGGUAAUGACGACCAUGUAGCUAUAAUCAAGGAGUACAGGGGGAAAAUUGAGGCGGAGCUCAGCAAGAUCUGCCAGGGGAUAUUGAAACUUCUUGAUUCACAUCUCAUCCCAACAGCAACUAUUGCUGAGUCAAAGGUGUUUUAUCUGAAGAUGAAGGGUGACUACCACAGAUAUUUGGCUGAAUUCAUGACUGGAUCUGAGAGAAAGGAAUCUGCUGAGCACACCUUACUGGCUUACAAGUCUGCUCAGGACAUUGCACUGGCUGAACUGGCUCCUACUCACCCUAUAAGGCUGGGGCUUGCUCUUAAUUUCUCUGUGUUCUAUUAUGAGAUAUUGAAUUCCCCUGAUCGUGCUUGUGCUCUUGCUAAGCAGGCUUUUGACGAAGCCAUCUCGGAGUUGGACACUCUGGGUGAGGAAUCCUACAAAGACAGCACCUUGAUUAUGCAGCUUCUCCGCGAUAAUUUGACAUUGUGGACUUCUGAUAACACGGAUGAGGUUGGUGACGAGAUUAAGGAACUUGCAAAGGAUGAAUCAGCUCCUGGGCAGCAUUGAUUUGGUCACUAGGUUGGAAGAGUUAGAUGAGAUAUAUUUAUUUAACUUGGAGAUUUGUUCUGUUGUUUUAGGCUUUUCCCAAACUUGGUAUGCUUGUUUGUUAUAUGUAGCGUCAAUUAGACGCUCAUUAUAUCUUACCAUAACACCUUCUUUAAUUGUUAUUGUCUAGUUUAGUUAACUCUUUGCACUUUUAGUGCUCUCGCCUUCAUUUCAUCAAAUGAAGGCAAUGUAAUCCAAUAAUGUGUUCGAAUAUAUGUUGCUCUUUGUUAUUAUUA